AUGGUCACUAUCCCUCGAACCCCUUCCAAACGUGGUACCGUCAUUGGUUUUCACAAAGCUGGCCUCACACUUGGUCAGAUUGCUCGCAAGCUAGGCUGGCCUCGAUCUACCGUCCAAUAUACAGUCGAAAGAUACAAACAAUACGACACUGCCUACGAUCGCCCACGCCCAGGACGCCCUUCCAAGAUGGAAAGAACUACUCGUCGAAUUAUCCGUGAUAUCACCCAUCAUCCCCAAGUUCCCUUCGGCUCUAUUGCCUCCACAUACAACCUCAGUGAACCCACCAUCCGCCGCAUUGCGGCCAGACAUGGUCUCCACCGCCGAGUCAUGCGCCGUACCCCUUUCUUACGCCCACAAGCAAUCGAAAAGCGGAUCAAUUGGGCAAAGGAUAAUGUAGGACAGGAUUGGAGCCGAGUUAUCUUCACAGAUGAGAUGUCUUUGGAGUUGGGACUUGCAAGGUGUGCUUAUACAACUCGAGGAGUUGGACAGGCGUUUGAUUUGAAACAUCUUCAACCAACAUUUCGAUCUGGGAGGAAGUCUAUCAUGGUAUGGGGUGCUAUGGCACAUAAUCAUAAAUUCCCUCUCAUUCUUCUUCCUCCUGGAGGACUCAAUGCCGCUCGCUAUUCCGAGAUUGUCUUACCAAAGCUGAAGGAGUAUGAAGAGAUAUUGUCUGCAGAGAUUGACCGAAUGGUCCUAGUAGUUGAAGACAACGCUCCAUGCCACAAAGCAAAACACAGUCAGCAAAAGCGUGAUACACUUGGUCUCCAUUCACUUAUCCACCCUCCCUCAUCUCCGGAUGUUAAUCCUAUCGAGAAUCUCUGGUCAAUGGUGAAGUACAAGGUUAGCAAGCGCCUUCCAAGAGCGACAAACGUGGAGCAGUUGUUUGAACAUUGUGUGGCGGAGUGGGAAGCUAUAGACAUGGAUAUUGUCAACAAGGUGGUGGCUAGCAUGCCAAGGAGGGUUGAGGCUGUCAAGCAUGCUAAGGGGUACGCUAUCAAGUACUAA